CAGAAGUGUGUGGUCAUGUCGGUGCGGUCCCAUUGGAGGCCAGGCUCAGAACAGGCAGCACUGAGAGUCUCAGCUAGCAGCCCUUGCAUACUAAAAUCCUCCCCCGUCCUCCAGCAGGUCCGAGGUUACGCAGAGGUCAGGCGAACGCGGCCUCACAGAGCUGAACCAGCCUCCUCAGACAUGGCUGAUAGCUGGUUGACCCUACAGGCAGAGGAAGAAAGAGGACAGGAAAGCAGCAUGGGGGACUCUGGCAAUUUGGACGACAGCCUCACUAGUCUUCAGUGGCUGCAAGAGUUCUCCAUCAUCAAUGCCAACGUGGGCAAGUCUUCCUCCUCUCCCAGCAGCUCGGACCCUCAUGACUACCACAAGAUCCCUGGCUCAGCUGCUCCAUGUUCACCCUUGGCUGCUGACCCAGCUUGCAUGGGGAUGCCCCAUACCCCUGGCAAGCCCAUUUCUUCUUCCACGUCCCGAACUGCUCAUCUUGGAGUGGGCAUGCAGGCCCAGCCCAUGGAAGACAUCGACUAUAAGACCAACCCUCACGUAAAGCCACCUUAUUCCUAUGCCACACUCAUCUGCAUGGCCAUGGAAGCCAGCAAGAAAAGCAAAAUCACCCUCUCGGCCAUCUACAAAUGGAUUACAGAUAACUUCUGCUACUUCAGACAUGCUGACCCCACCUGGCAGAAUUCCAUCCGGCACAACCUGUCCUUGAACAAGUGCUUCAUCAAGGUGCCCCGUGAGAAGGAUGAGCCAGGGAAAGGUGGGUUCUGGAAAAUUGACCCUCAGUAUGCUGACAGGCUCAUGAAUGGGGCCUUCAAAAAACGCAGGAUGCCUCCUGUGCAGAUCCACCCAGCCUUCACCAACAGAGUCCAGCAAGACGCUGGCUCGGCUCCUAAUCAGGCAGCAUCCUCUUGGACCAACAACGGCGUCCUGAACGUCAACAUGGAGUCUCAGCAGCUGCUCAAAGAGUUUGAGGAAGUCACCAGCGACCAGAACUGGAAUCCAGCAGAUGGAAAAAUGGGCCACAAGCGGAAACAGCCAUUGCCCAAACGGACACACAAAACAGCUCGUCUCUCUAGCUCCCCUCUACUCACCCAGGAAGAACAAACUGAGCUAGGAUCACUGAAAGGUGACUUUGACUGGGAAGCCAUCUUUGACACUACCUUGAAUGGCGACUUCUCUACUUUUGAGGACCUGGAGCUCACACCUCCUAUUAGUCCAAUAACCAGAGAUGUGGACUUGACAGUACAUGGAAGACACAUUGACUGCCCUCAGGAAUGGUGCCCAGUUGGGCAGGAUCAGGUCCUUACAGAAGCCAACCAGAACAACUUGGACUUUGAUGAAACUUUCAUGGCUACAUCUUUCCUUCAGCAUCCCUGGGAUGAAGGGAGAAAUGAUUACCUCUCAAACUCAGUCAACAUGGACCAGUUGUUUGAACUCAGUGAUUCUUCUUUGCCAACAGACAUGAAUGACUGGAGCAGUGUGGGAUCGUUUUUAUAAGAGGCAGCUCCCAGUUGGAAGAACCAACUUGAACCCAGGCAGACUUUAUCUUUUAGCAGGAAGAUCCCAGCACUGUUCGAACUUACAAGAGAUGAAAUUUCCAGAAACGGAAACAUAUAUGGUGACUUUAUCGCGUGCAAAAUAUGGGUACUCACAAAACUCCAGAUUAAAAAGACAGAACAUCUUGGCUGGAUAUAUCUUUAAGCAACCCUUUGGGAGAAGUUUCUGGCCCUUGGGUUUCCCCAAGAGAAAAGAAUAACUGUACUUAUUUUUGUACUUGUGUUUUUAAAAGAAAAAUGGAUUAUCCUAUUUUUCAUGGGAACGGAAGGGGUAUGUGUUCCCUUUUUUUGGUUAGAAGAGAACACCUGCUAAGUUAGAUUUGACAGAUGAGAUUUCCUGGUGGUUUAGGACAUUAUAGACCAUGUGCAAUUUUCUCGUCUUUCUUCUCUCCAUUUGUCUUUUUCUCUCUCUUUAUUUUCUAUCCAGGGAAAUUCCCAGGUAUAACAUGAGAUAAUUAGAUAACAGGCAAAUAAAGGUCCCUUCUGGCUUGUAUGAGUGCAGCCUCCCUCCUUAAUUGGGGCUAGGGAAGAAGACGAGUUCUGAAAAAUCAGAUGCAAUCCAGCAAGUCUGCCUCUUCAGAUUUUUUUAUAUAGUCUUAUUAUAUAUAUAUCUAUAUUCAAAGAGACCUAUAUUUUUAGCACCAAUGCACAAUCAGUAGAGUAUCUUGUUGGCGGGAUGGCAAUGGAAAUGGGGUCCUGUUUUUACUAUAUAGAGACAUGUUAAUUGUUCUGCAAAUUAAAUAUGAAGUGUGUCAAGUGUUUGUGGUAACAAAAUAUGCAAGGGAAAAUUCCUACAUCGGAAGCAAUGGAUUUCUUUAAGGAUCAAGAAAAUCAUCAAGUCCGGGGAGGAACAAAGGGGAUCUUAAUUUCUCCAGAUUGUGCUCGCUCUUAGUUUUUUAGCUUUUUAUAUCCUGAACUCCUUGCUGCAAAUCGUGCGUGGCCAUGUUUGCCAUAAGGUCUAGGAUUGUAUCACUGUGAACCUUCUAUGGUUUUGAACCGCUGUCAAAACAACACUCUCUUGUCUGCUCAUGUGUCAGGCUCUGAGCAGUCUUUAGGGUCAUCCAGGAGGCAUAUGAAGAACCAGGCUUUUCUCAGCGUUGGUGAGGGAGCUGCCAGGACCAUGGGAAAACGUUUCUUUGUUUCAUUGCAUUGUUGUGUUUGGGUUUCCCAGCCGGGGUGAUGAGGACCAACUGUUUUGUUUUUUAUUUAAACUAAUGCUCUUGUAUUGGACUAACAAAAAAAUAAAAUGGAAUAAAAUCUGGAUCCAGGCUCAGUCAACGAGUCAUAGGCCAAAGACUGUGCAUGCAACAGACGGUGGGGAUGAAAGUGGAGGCUAAAGCCCCCUCUUCUGCCUCCUCUAACAUACUUACCUUCUACUCUGCUUCUCUCCUGAGACAACAAGACUUCUCAGCACUUACUACCCUCAACGCGCUGUGCAACGGUUAAUCAGUUAAAACUCACAGCACCCCUGUGAAGUAAGUAUUAUCAUUCCCACUUUACAGAUGGGGAUGGCAAGACAGGGAUACAUUAACUGUCUUGCCUUAGGCCAAGAGCAAAACCUGUCCCCCUGUCCUCGGAAAUGUGUGAAGGGGACGCCGGCUUGCUAUGGUCAUCUCUAAAGCAGUUAGAAAAGAUGGUGGUUUGUUGACUACCCGGAAGCCAGGACAAAGAGAAGCAACCUGACAUAAUUAUUUCUGAAGACUUUCAGCAAUCUGAGCCAGCUCCGCAGCUAGUAUAAGCUGACCAAGUCCCAGUGGAGUUAUGCUGAUUGACACUGGAGAGCUGGCCCAGGUUUUGUUGUGUACUGGGAGUGUGGAAGGGUAACUGUGAAGUAUGCAUAGGCAGCCUAGAAAUAUUUUGGUAGUAUAAAAAACAAACAAACAAACAAACAAAAACCUUGCUAAAACUUGAAUUCAAGCUAUA